UCUUUUGACAGUCGAAGAACGACCGAAGGCGAACAAUCUUCUUCGUCGCGUGUGCGUGUGUGCAAAAGAAAACUCGCCACGGAAAAAAUAUUCUUUAAGGAGGAAAAUCGAAGAAAAACCCUCUUGAAACGUACGUUUACAGUGCAAAAAGUGUCUGGACUGUGGCCACCAGCAAGUGUGAAUGGUUUACUGUGGCUGGUAUACCGAAAAAAUCGGCUUUACCAAGAGCGUAGAAAGGCGAAGUUCAGUUCGCGUGUGGCCGCGCGAUCAAGAAGUGUGUUUUGGAAGCAUCGGGAGUAAGGAAAAAUCAAUUGUUGGAAGUAAAAUGGCAGUUCGAAAGUGCUAACCCGUGUAGUUUUAACAGUACGAGAGCGUAGGGAAACAGGAAAAUUGUUUCACCAGGAUACAGUACUAUGUUCCAAGCGCGGUCCAGAGCAAGCAGCAGCAGGAGUAACGAGGACUGUCCGUCACCAUCAAUGGCUGCUGCUGCAACCGCAGCGCCAGCAGCAGUUCUCAAUACUAGCAGCAGUGACAGCAAUUUAGACGAUGAUCCCAACAAUUCCUUAAUCAAAAAAGUUCGAUCGCGAGUGUCCAGCAUUUUACCGGACGCUUUGUCCAAGUGGUUUUCACCGGCCGCAGCCAAGCGACCACGCGAUAGCGACAACAGCAGUGCCGGAAACAGUCCAACCGGUCGUAAUGGAAAUCUUCUGAGGGUACAGCAACCUCGCUUCACCGACCAGGACGUUUCGUUGGUUACGCAGGAACAGCCACAACAAGAAGAAUAUGAUGCGGAUCAUGCGCCACCGAUCAGGAAACGAACGCGACUAGAUGAUGAAUUCAACACCUCAUCCAUCGAUUACAAUGACGACAUGAGUGCCCUGCCCGGCCCAAGUGGCCUCAACAUAUCCGCCAUCGAUCGUCGUGGUUCACUUCCAGCGGGUGCUCAGGGUCCACAAAGUGGCAUGCGAAAUAUAUUCACAUCCUCAACACCUUCCACAUCUCCACAGAGUUCCGGGAUGCAGCAAAAGUUUGAGAGCACUAACCGAACAACUGCGCCCUUCAAUUUUGCUUCCGCAUCAAAUGUCCCGGCUAACCGUGGCCUCAUAGCAACUUCAGCAAGAGAGGAACAGCAGCAUAAUGAAAGUUUAUCCAGCUCGAUCCGGCAUCGGCGGAGCAUACGAGAGAUUGGCCAACGUAAGCGGUUGAAUAUUCCACCGAUGGCCGUUGAUCGGUCAACUUCAGAGCCUCCAGCUGCUAUUUUUGGUGGAAAGAAAACUGUCGGACGAGUGAAUGAAUUCACACAGCAGCAGAGCAGUAACGAAGAUUUAGCUAAUGAUGAUGGAGAUCGACCGCGAAGUGAUGAAACGCAAAGUAAUGUGCUGUCCAAUGGCAAUUUGAAUGAAAGUGCAUCCGAGAGUAGCAGUGUGUCCAACCUCAACUUGAGUCAAACUGAGCACAUGGAAAAUCGUCGAUUGUCUGGUUUUAUGGGCAAUAACCGAAGCAAACGGUACAGGGUCGCAGGAUCAACGGGUGAUCUAUGCUUCUCGUCGCAUCUGGAAACUGAAAAGAGUCUGUUUUCGGUCAAAAAUGCGGGAGGAAGUGGACGCCCGGCUUUUAAUGCCUUCAUAUACGGGAGUACGUCGUCACUGGGCAGCAGCAACAGUAGCUUGUUUGCUAAUUCUCCAUUUUACAACGGUAGAACAAUGUAUGGGGGAGCUUCAGCCUACACGGUUCGUCGUGAUAACCGUCAAAAAGCACUUCGGGUGCCAGUUCAAAUUCGUCCUUCGUCAUCGUUGUCAAAUUUCUCGUCAUCCAAUGUGAGCCUCGCUUCCGACACGUCAGCACUCUCGAACACGGCCAAAAGAAUACUGGAAAUCAUGAACCAAUGUUCAGGUCCGUUGAACGAAGCCCGUAAACUCGGCAGUAGUCUCAGUUUGAACAGCACUCUGGGAUCGGCUAAAGUUCCUGGCCUGGUGCAAGCACGUAAGCGUUUCAACGAGGAAGAUCUCAGUAUAAAUCGCAGCAUAAGAAUGUCUAGUCCCCGAACACCUUACAGUCGACCUCAGAGUGCCACUGGUAACAGCAGCUCUUCCUCCGUAAAUAAACCUUCAAUCAGCGAGCUUCAAAUUCCAACCAUGUCCCAGCUGUUGCAGAUGAAGCGGCUGCAGAGUAACACCGAAUCGGCACGUCUUGUAGCGGCUAAAUCCUCUUUCACGACGGUCCUGAACCAGCCUAUCGAGUAUAAACUACCGACAGAAUCGGGCUCCGACGAUACCAACAAUAACGUGAAGCACACGAGCAAGAUGCGGCACAAAUUGCAUCGGGUACGGGAAGAAACGAACACCGAGCGAUGCAGCAAUACUUCUGCACCGCAGGUACACCUGCCAGACGUACAGCUGACCGGUUUGAAAGCAGUUCCUAAGUUCGACAUCAAAUUACCGGCUCCGGGGACGGUUGCUAGCAGUAAUGGAUCGAGCGAAUUGUCUUCGCUGAAGAGAAGCGCAGAUACUGCCAACAUAGGGCUUGGUAGUGAUAAAGAUCAUCCUCAACAGAAGACCGCAACCAUCCGCAGCAGCCUGAGUAGCGGCUACGACAGUGGUAAGAGCAGCCCCACCAGUGUGUCACCAUUCAAUAGUAACAAUGUAUAUAAAUUCUCCGCGCCAACAAAACUUGCUCUACCGACCGAUUCAUCUCCGAUGGCGUCAAACAUAGCUAAAGUGCAGAAUCACUUUAAAUUUAGCGAUCCGGAACCAAUCGGUGCCGGUAAAAGUAGUCCGAGAGUAAACUCCUCCAAACUUACUGGAAUCCAGUUUGAUCCUUCGAUGGCCAAGCCGAAGACAACGGUCGACCCAAUUCCGGCGCCAGCGACAUCUCCUGCGAAAACACCAUUACCUCUGAAAAGUGGUAGCUGCUUGGAUGCACUGAAAGCCCCAGUUAUACCAGAGCUGAAAUCUGGUAGCUGCUUGGAUGCCCUAUCGAAACCUGUGACACCUGUCACAACCACUGCAAGUUUUGGAAACGCCUUUAAACUGACCGGUUCCGAUAAGUGGGAAUGCGAUACUUGUAUGGUUAGGAACGACCCAGACAAAACUAAAUGUGUUGCUUGCGAAACUCCCAAACCUGGUGCUAAGACUGCAGCAAUCGAAACACCGAAGAGUGGGUUCGCAUUAGUCACUGCUAGUAAGUCGGCUCCUGUGACAUCUGACAGUGGCUUUAAGGCGCUCGUUGCGCAACAGUCUGCAAAAUGGGAAUGUUCCGAUUGUAUGACUCGAAACGAUGCAGACAAGAUAAAAUGUGUAUGCUGCGAAAAGCUGAAACCAGGUUCAGCAACGGCCGUGACAAGUGCUGCAACUGUGCCGGCUGCGGUAAAGUCAAUGUUUACGAUGCCUGUUACAUCAACUACCUCCGAUAAAGGGUUCAAAGCGUUGGCAGCGCAGCAGUCCAGUAACAAAUGGGAGUGUAGUGCAUGUUUGACACGGAAUGAAGCUUCCAGAUCGAAGUGUGCUUGCUGUGAGCAAGCGAAACCCGGAUCCACUCCAGUCGAUGCGCCUUCAUUCUCAUUUGGAAGUAAAUCUGCCGCGGUUACUGGUACCACUGGAUCGACGUUCAGUUUUGGAACAACUUCAUCGGCGGAUGGAAAAGACGCACCACAGAAAACAGGAUUCACUUUUGGAGUUCCGGCAAGCUCAACUAGUUCGGUUCCAACAGGUGGUUUUCGCUUCGGAGCUGUUGCAACAACUACCGCUACCAGCAGCACUGAAGAUAACUCAAAUGUUACAUUCGGCAGUGGUACGACGGCUCCCAGUGUCGCCCCUUCAACUACCGGAAGUGGAUUUAGUUUCGGUUCAAAGCCUAGUGUUCCCUCUUCCGAUGUUACAGACAAUAGUAAAACAGUCAAAAGUAACGAACCAAAAGCCGUGUCUAGUGGAUUUGGAUCUGGUGGCUUUUCUUUUGGCGCGAAACCAGUGACUGAAGAAACUAAAAAGUCUGAGACGGUCACAUCUACAACGGCUACCAGUGGAUUUAGUUUUGGAUCGUCAGCAGCUGCUGCUGGCUCUGCGUCGAAAUCCUCUGAAUCGCUCAAAAGCACAGGUUUCACGUUCGGCAAAUCUACCGAAGCACCUUCAUCAACUGUGUCAACAACUUCUGCAACAAGCGGGGCGGAAACAAAGAACCCUAUCACGGCUCCCACACUCAGUUCGAUAUCGGCCGUCUCUUCCAGUUCUGCAACAUCCGCAAUUCCUUUCAGCUUUGGUUCACCCUCAACAUCAGCAGCAGCGGCAAGUGCGACCAAAACCGCAGUAAACAGUGGUGGAAUGUUUUCAUUCGGUUCACCAAAAACAUCUUCCACAGCAGUUGAGACAACAACGUCGACUGGCGCUGCAGCGAUUGCUAAAGUUACGCCUGCGACUGCUGCUAUCGUUCCCAGUGUUCCUAUCUUUGGCGGUGCCCAGAAGCCAGCCGGUCCAUCAAUAACGCCAAGCUUCAGCUUUAGUUCGACAACUGCAUCAACUGUGGCUAGUAGCGCAGCGCAAACUAGUACAGCAACCGUUGCUCCCUCGUUCACGUUUGGUUCGACUGUAGUGAAACCAACGGAAACUUCAAGCGUUACCAAUACCAAUGCAACUUCGUCGACAACCGCUACCAACUUCGUCUUUGGUCAGAGUAGUCAGUCAACAAAACGGCCAGCUUCAAUCUUUGAGGCGCCAGCCACCGCAACUGCGACUUCUUCCGACAAACCAACCUUUGGUACAUUUGGAGCGAGCAGUUCGGCGUCCUCCACAGCGGAAAGUUCGAUAUUUGGUGGUACUGCAGCUGCCGGAUCUUCCGGAUUCUCUUUCGGUGGCUCCGCAGCAGUAAAUGCACCCAAACCAGCAGAAUCCACAUCUGCAUUUACUUUCGGUGGGGGCAAUCCCACACCGGCCGUCACCGCUCCAGUGUUCGGUGCGGGUUCUGCGCCAAAAUCCAUCUUCGGCAGCCCGCAAUCGACGGCCAACAGCUCGUCGUCAUUUGGUGGAUUCGGAACAAUUAGUAACAGUAACAAUACGGCCACUUUUGGUUCCAGCAACUUUGGUGGGGCUUCGCAAUCAACAAGUGCCAGCAGCGGAUCGAUAUUUGGUCAAACGGCAGUGCCAGCGUUCGGUUCGUCCACGAGCUCGACCGGAGGAAAUCAAGCAGCACCGCCUUUCGGUUCCGCACCAACAGUUUUCGGAGGCGCAGCCAGUGCAAGUAGUCCAUUCGGUGCCCCAGUGGCACCGGCAUCAAGUGGCCCCACUGCCGAUGAACCUCAGCCGAAAAAGCCGUUCGAGUUCGGUUCGAGCUCCAGUGUAAAUAAUCAACCGGCGGCGCCCUUCCAGUUUGGUGCGAGCAGCAAUAACAAUAACAACAAUGACAACGGUGCAAAACCGUUCUCCUUCUCGGCACAUUCAGCGCCCAGCUUCAACUUCACCGCCGGAUCCAAUCCUGGGCAAUCGUCGGCUCCCUUUACCUUUGGAAGUAACCAGAACCUAUCCAAUCCCGGUGGUGUCGUCGGUGGAGUUUUCAACUUUGGCGGAGGUGGUAUCGGCUCGCCAUCCCCAGCCGUACCCGGUAUCGGAAUCAGCGGAAUGGCGGAAGCCGCACCCGCUGCCGCACCGGCAUUCCAGUUUGGCGCCGGAGCUAUGCCACAACAGAAUCCGUUCGCAGCCACGACUAUACCUGGACAAACAACGCAACAGCAGACCCGCAGGAAAAUCCGCGCCACCCGGCGCAUAACGCCACGGUAGGAGCAAGACGUCGUCAAGGAGCAACUUUCAAACGCGCCAGUACUACUACUACUUCCGCUGCUAAAGCAUCUGCUCGUACUAAGUACGCAAAUCUAGUGUGGACAAAGGGCGGUCAGAAUAGCAACAGUAACAACAAUAAUACUACUACAAACAAUCAUUCAACUCGAACAACGACUGUGACAAAUACGAGCGGCUCGGUGCCGCCGAAGACGGGGACUGAUAUGUUGCCACCGCUCAACUAUGACAAAUCCAGGUUCCGAUACAUUUCGCCGGACCUCAAGCGCAAACUGGCCAACGAUGGUGGCCAGCAGUAGCAGCAACUCCACCACCACCACCCGCCAUCUCUAUCAACAGCAGGUAUAAAAUGGGAACUGAUAGUGUGUGUUCCCGAUUGGAAGUAAAAUGAUACACAGAAGAAGAGUGUUGAUCAAUAAGAAACGAAGAAUGAAAUGUAACCUUUCGACUCGGACUAGAAGUUACAGACUAAGCAGGAAAUUUGCAAAUAAUUACUCCUGAGAGAUCGCUUCCCGGUCCAAUGGCUCAUACAUUAUGCGAUGUUAUUUUUGUAUAGUAAAUCGAGGAAAUUAUGCCUUUUCUCCCUCAGAAGGAAAUAAACAUUGUUUCAUAAGAGACAGUAUUCAGCGUGUGAAAAGCGGGUGUAUUUGCCAUUCCGGGAAGGACUCUUUUGCUAAUACAAACAAACUCUAAAUAUAGGAAUAAUACCCUUAGUAAAAAGGCAGUCUAGCAGCAAGAAAGAAAGAAAGUGUGAAUUUCGAGAUUCGUAACUACAACUGAUUGUUUUGGGCAUAGGUUUUUGCCUAGACAAUGAUGAACCAAAUUGGGAAAUAAGCGCCGUAAGGGUUCAUUGUAAUUAUAACGAGAAAAAAAACUAUUUAAGCUUAAACAUAGUACGAUUGUAGGAUGCUUUAAUAAUUGAAUUGAGAAGAGACACUGAGACAAACAAAAAAUGCGACACACGUGUGAAUGUGAAUGUGUAUAAAUUGAAACGAGAAAUCGAUUGACUUUUUUCCUCAAACGAAACUCUUGCCACUUGCCAGCUGGAGACGCAGGCACAUUGUAACGGGAGAGCCAGUCCAGAAAUUACCAGGUGAGAAAGUAUAAUUAGUAGUCUGUUUACAUUUUUGCGUAUUGUACACCUUGGGCGAAAAGGAUGACGAUAGACAAAUAAAUCCUUUUUUGUUAUUUACUUUUUUGUAAUUUAUUAUAAGACGCAAUUGCGUUCCGAUUGGAAGUAUGAAAGAAGACGGGAAAGUGGAGAGAGCGAAGGGCUUUAAAUCCUUGUAAAACUUAUGAGACACUCACAAACACAUGCACACAUACCUACACAGAGAACGAUACUGAACGAUGUACUUUUUAUAUUUUGUUUACUAAUACUAACUUACGAGUACUUGUGAAAAUACUGACGCACGUUAUAAAGAACGAGAAAAAGAAAAAUUGUUAAACUAAGAUAUUGUUCAGGCAUCCUUCAAUGUAUAGAUUCUAUCAGAUUAGCAGUCCAUCUGGUUAAGGAAAAUCGUGAGGGGUAGCUACCAAUCGCUAAAUCAUUUUUCGUUUGCGUGGUUUGAUUUAAGCUGAACCUUCCGAGCUGGGUUCGUAAUAUCAGUAGGAUUAGUCAUAAUGCCAGUAGGAUCAUUGUACUAGCCCUGCAAUUGUUCUGUUCGCUGAAAUCCGGUUGAACAACUCGGGAAGUGCAUACAUUUUUUAGCUGAGAUCAAACACGAACAAGAUGUGGCCGCCUCUCACUGUUUUAACCCUAACACUGGACGCACGCUCUUUAGGGAAGUUAACUAUUAAGAUAAGCUACUAUACUUCGAUGGUAGACAUUGAAACAGCACCGAAAACAGUUCGGUUGUGACAUAUUGAAAAAGGAGAAUUGGCACUCUAUUGAUGGUCCGAAAAAAAAGCUUAUGAUAUAUCCCUUUCAGCCUGGAUGCUGAAAGUUUUGGACAUCCUCAGCGUUAUUCUUACCCUAGCUUUGAUUCCAACUUUGUCAACUACACGCAUUAAAAUUUCACACUCAUACACUGACACACACGCACAUAUGAGCCCCUAAUUAACUAAGGGUUCUACCAUGCAUUUGCUAGGGACAGGGGUAAACUGUGGUCCAUUUGGAAAUCUUGUUAUUGAUUCAAAUUUACUCUGUAGAAAGAAGAAAAAUUAGUUUAUUUAAGAAUAUAGCCAUCAACAGAAGUUACACGCCAAUUCUCCUUUUUAAUGGCAGGCAGAAGAACAAAAAUAACUCAAAUAAACAUCAAUUGGUAGUAGAGAUACACAAAAGCGCAAAUUAUCAUAACAAAUUAGAAACUGCAAAAAGUGAUAGUAAUAACAGCAAAUUCGCGCUGAUUUUGGCAUAAUCCCGUAACAUUUUGCAUCUCAAACGACGAUGAAUCAAAUCGUAACCAAAUUCACCACAAAAGUAACACUGGAAAAAUACUCCUACAGUCGAGAAAAUCUCUGCUUGUCUUCUGUCGUAUGGUAGAAUAAGUUCCUUAUCAAUCUGAAUCUGUAGUUUGAUGCUCAUAAGUUUACAUGCUCGAUUUCAAACCUAUUCAGUUUCCAUCUAAAAAAUAACAAAAACCAUUUUUGUGCACCCAAAUCCGAACUAUUUUAAUAUACGUACUGAAAAUUGAUGGAAGGCAAGCCACGAGAGAAAACAUGAGUAAAUUACGCUAUGGAACUCGAAUACAGCCAGGGAAUGAUGUUUAUUGUUAUUUUAUUGGUUUAUUCAGCUAAAUUACAAAACUGCAGGAAAAAGUGAAAGAAGAACGGAAUUUGUUUAGUAAAAAAGAAGUAAUCAACAGAAAAGAACAAUAAAAAUAAUAAAAUUA